AUGGUAGAAUAUGAGUUGGAAAAAAUCGCCUCGUUCUCGCCAGAUUGCUUCUCGAAAUCGCCUGAUGAAAAGACCGUUGUUUUCCUUGAUGGAUUGACUCUAUUCGUAUUCCAAAACGGCCAAGGAAAAUCAAUCAAACUCGAGAAAAAGCCAAAAGAUUUCGCGCUCUCAAACGACCUGAUUUUCAUCCUCUGUCUGUCUGAAAUCCAAGUUCUGGACAUCAACGAUCUCCAAGAAAUUUACACCAUCAAUUUAGCCGAAGAAAACGAGCUCUUUUCCAGCAUCAGUGUUUCCAGCAACCAACUUAUUUUAAAGAACGAAUAUUUUGUCGAUAUCCGAAGUUUUCAAGGAGAAUCGAAGCUUCGAAUAAAUUGCUCAAGCUCAAACACCGACAUAUUCUUAUUCGAUCAAGAUGUGGUUGCUCUCGUAGAAGAAACCAACUUCACUGUUUCGGUCACUCUUCGUCAUUUGAAGCAAGUUCAUCAGGCCUCUUUCGAUGGAAGAAUCAAACAGGUCUUCCAGGAUCAAACGUCUUCUUCUCUGCUCAUUCUUUUUGAUCAUGGAGGGCUUUUUCAAAUCGACUGCCGCCCGUUGACCCCACUUCAAAAAUUUGAAAUCCCCUUCAAGGCCAGUUCAACACCACCGAUUGAAAAUAUGCAGUUUUCUGAGACCACCAAUUUAGUCAUUUUUCAGCACAAGGAAUCAAUAAGCAUUCUAUCACUCGAUACCUUCCAAAGCUUCUGCAUCCCCCAGCGUCUUCCGCGGAUCAUUCUUUUCUCUGGAAACUUGAUUCUGACAGACAAGUCUCUCCACGACCUCGUCCAAAUCGAAAGUCGUGUUUGCGUCACUUUCACGCACUCUCUUCAACGAGGCUCCCCUCUUACAAAGCUUCAAAAAGUCGAAAAGACAUCGACCCCUGUCGAUCCCAAAAAAGUUCUGUUUCAUCCAAAGAAAGUUUCAAGCUCAAACUACGGUCUUAUCCAGCCGAAACGCAAGAUGUUCCAGCCACAGUUGCACAAAAAGCCGAUAGUUGCGCCGAUAAAGCUUAGAAAAUCCACAAGUGCCGGAGCAACAAAGAAUAAUAGAAUUUCGGAGGCAAAUUUUCAGACUCCGAUGGGUCAUCAAAUCGCAUCAGGGCGACUUCAGCCGCUCAAAACGCCGCCAACGAGAAUGAAACGUAGCCCAGGCGGAGGUCAUCUUUUAUCAGAAGGAAGUUCAGUCUACAAGACAAAAGUUCCUCAAAUCCAAUCGCUAGAAGAACUUAAAUCCAUCGCGAAUGUCGACGAAGCUAUCACUGACUUUUCUUUUACAAAAGAGACCCUGUGCGUUUCUUCUUUGUCCUCAAUCAGCCUUUUUACCAAAACUGAUGGCACUCGGCCCAGGUCAAGCAUAGAAACAGCUGGAAGCCAUCUUUGCCCGUUUGGGGGUGAUGAUCGGAGUUUUUGUGCCUCGACUGGGAAUGAGCUUAAAUUCAUCAGAUUCCAGUUUGGACAGAAGACUGUUUUGGACAGAUUUGGAACCGGAGGUGGAAAAGUACUUCAAAGCCAUUGCUUCUCAAAAUUUCACGACAUAACCGCACUUUCAAAACUCUCAGGCGGCGAUGGUUUAAUAGUUGCUGGCUCAGAUGGAUCGCUCAAUAUCUACGACCUUCCAGCGGGAAAUAUAUGCGCCCAAAUGCCUUCUUUUAAAUUUCACUGGCUUGAGUCUAUUGAUGAGCAUACAUUUGUUGGACAAGGCCAUGGGAAGUUGUGCUGUCAGUUGUUCGAUAUUCGUUGUUUUCAGCGACCACAGCGAACAUUCCCUGCCGGACCAGUUGCGAUCAAAACUCGCGGCUCUAUCUCUGCGGGAGGCGAUUACUUAUCAGUCGCCAGCGAUGAUGUUCUUUCAGUCUUUGACUUGGGCGAUAGCCGUCCAAUUUGGGAAAGAUCCCUUCCAUCAACCGCCAUUGUAUCAUCUUUUGCCGCGCGGUCAAAUCAGUUAACUGCCAUCGAUAUUGAUAGAAAUAUUUUUUUAUUUGAAUAA